CUUUUCAGACAUAAAUUUCAUUUCCUCAUCUUUACUUUUUAACACAGUCGCAUAUAUGCAUACAAAUGCUCAUUCUUGCAUUUUGCUGUAUGAAAAACUUAAAGCUGCAAGCUUUUAGUCGUAAUACUAACGGGAUUUUUGUGUCGAACUUUUAUUUUGGAAGAACCAGAAGAUUUACGUGAGGGCAAUGCUUGUUUUUGUAUUUUCUGGUGGUUCUAACGUUCUGCUUCGGUUUAAAAAUUUGAACUUUUGCUGUUUCUUGAUCAUAAAAAGGUACUUGCUUUAUUUUACUGAUUGAAGAUGAAUACUGACGUUAUUACUCCAUGUUCUUUAACGGGGUUGAUUUAUUGUAAAAAAGGAAAUUUUGCAGAAAAAAAAAUGCAUGCUUGCCCAGUUAAAAGAAUUUGAGUUUUAUUAUGUACUAGUAAUUGUUAUUAUUAUGAGACGGCCUUUAGUCAGGAAAUUUGAUGGAUUUUACCAUGCUGGGGACUUGUCAAAUUGGAUGGUUUUAUCACCUUGGCCUUUGGUUCUUUGGCGGAAUUCAUUGGUUGCUUUACAUUUUUUAUAAAUUCAUUACUUUUCUAUUUAGAUCCUUCUUUUCGUGUUGUUAAAACUUAAAACCUCAUGGGAUUUCCAUUUCAUUCUCAGAGGCUAUGGAGCUUAUGUAGGGAAUGCAAAACUUCAGAAAGUUGGUUCAUAAAUUUAACUGGUAACAUAUUGUGAAAGGCUUACUAGUGAGGGAUUGUGAUCUGCUGAAUUUGGAUGUGAUAUUUAGGAGCAUCAAUUCGAGAAAUUUCAUGACUCUAGGAACAUGAAACAUGAUGAGCAGGAUAGAGGAGUAUAACAGAGAAUUGGAGGCUCUUCGUGUAAAGGAGAAAGCGGAGAACAUGAUUCAUAAUGAAGACUAUGCUGGUGCAAGGGAUACUUUGCAAAGAGCCCGUAAUCUUUUUCCGCUUGGUGAAAUUGUUCCUAAGCAGACUGUAUGUGAAAUCCUAUCAGCUGCCAAUAUCAACUUUCCAGGUUGUGAGAUUGACUACUACUGGGUCCUUCAACUUGUGCCAUCAGCCAAGACAUUUGACAUAAAGCAUCAGUAUCAGAAACUUAGAAACAUGCUGCAACCUUUGAAGCAUAACUUCCCAGGUACAGAUGUGGCUCUUAAACUCAUAGAGGAUGCUUUCUUUGUGCUUUCUGACAAUCAAAAGCGUUCUGAAUUCAAUUUGCAACGUAGCACUGCCUGGGAAAAUUAUGAAUCACCUCCUCUAGAAGCAACAAUUUCCUCUGAAUUGUCUGAAAUGAAGGGAGGAAUGUCUGCUCUAGCCUCUGGUGAUUGUCAAAAUGUAUCUUUAGAAAACCUGGGGACAAGGAGUCAGGAUUGUUUGACAACGGGCAUGCAUCUAAUGAGAAAUGGAGGAGCUUGGUCAAAUUCUACCAGUAAUACUUCCGAAGGAGAUAUGGCAGAAGUUAUGCUUGACGUGAACACUCUAUCAGAACAGAACCAUGCUGUUUCAAGGGAUCAUCCAUCCUCUUCCAGAAAUAUGGCCCAUGAAGUGCUUUAUCAGGAUAUCUACAACUUCGAUGAUGACAGAGAAGUAGAUAAUAUGGCAAUAGGCCAAAUAUGGGCGACACACUAUCAAUCAAAUGAACAUCAAAAUCGCCGAUAUGCUCAAAUUAUCGCCAGGUCUAUGUCUACAGUUACUGUGAUGUGGCUGAAACCAAUUCCAGUUACUAAUGCAGAGAGAAGAUGGUGUGAGGCCGGGCUACCUGUUGGAUGUGGAUCUUUUCGACUGGACUUGGAGUCGGGGGAACAGGUAAUUGCACCUUUGCAGUUCUCCUACAAAUGCUCUCUGACUACUGAAGUGGCAGCACAACAGUUUGACAUGUAUCCACAGAAAGGUGAGGUUUGGGCGGUUUAUGAGGAUUGGAACCUCGAAGAAUGGUCCUACAAUCCUGAAGUUACAAAUAGUUGCAACUAUAGAUUAGUUGAAAUUCUCUCAGAUUUUUCAACAUAUACUGGAUUUGACUGCACGUAUUUGGUGAAGGUUCCAGGUUUCAGGAGCAUUUUUCAGAGGGAAACAGGAGGAGGCAUUUCCAUCACUGUUCGCGUCCUUCCACGCAUGUUAUACUCCCUAUCCCACAAGGUUCUGGCAUAUAGGUUAACUGGAGAAGAGAUUGAUGGAGUAGUCAGUGGGAUGUUGGAGGUUGACCAGUUAGCAUUGCCAAAUAAUAUGAGAGGAAAACCAGACGAGGCAGAGAUGUGGAAGAUGGAAGAGUCAGGUGGUAAAGCAGAUGAUGAUGCAAUAAUGUCGGAGAGAAAAAGCCCAAAUCUUUCUAGUUUGACAGGUCAGGUUUGGGCUGUCUACUGUGGAAGAGAUAAAAUGCCUCGGCAGUAUGUGGUAAUACACAACGUGUUCUCAAGAACCCAAGUACUUGUUAAAUUUUUGGAACCUGAACCUGAACCUGAACCUGAACCUGACUUGGAUAAUAAUUGGCGGCAGAAGAGUUUACCUAUCGCAUGUGGAGCAUUUAGCGUUGGAGACGUAAUCAUGGGUAUGAAAAUUUCGCAGUUAUCACAUCUAGUCAAGGUUGGGAAAACUAUGCCUGGCUACGUGAUUUAUCCUGCGAAAGGCGAGAUUUGGGCUAUGUACCAAAGGUGGAACUGUGCGUGGAAGCUUUCUGAUCUAGAAAGUUGUGAAUAUUGGAUUGUUGAAGUUCUAUCAGACUUCUCAGAAGGAGAGAAGAUUGUGGUAGCGAGGCUGGGUGAAGUGAAGGGCUGCUUCACUUUUUUUCAGCGGCUGCAGCUGGACGGCUUUGAAAUGAUUUGUGAAAUUUCAAGAGCUGAGAUCCAUAGUUUUUCCCACAGGAUUCCUUUUUGUAGAGUCCCUGGUGUUGGAGAUUAUGGCAUUUCAGAGAGUUCUUUACAUUUAGAACCCAACUGUUUGCCUCCAAAACGGAGAAAGCUGGCAUGAAAAUGAAUUUGCUGGAUGGAGAGGUGAAGCGUGAAAGGGCCAGGUUGUCAUAGACUGAAGGCUUCUGAAAACGAAGUUGAUUGCCAUUUUGCAGUGAAAACUUGGUGUUAAGAUUCAGAACUCAACGAAUGACUGCAUAAUCAUUGCAUUCGUUGUUCCUGAUGGAGAAAACGCUUUCCUUUUUUUUUUU